UUUUUCUCUUUCUCUCUCUUUCUCUCUCUUUCUCUCUCUUUCUUUCUACUCAUUUAACAUUCUUGUUGGUUUGUCGGUGGUCAUUGCCAUAGUGUAAUGUCCUUGCCAUUUAUUGACAACCUACCCGAAAAAGACUCUCUUGUCAAAUUUGUGCUGCACAAUAAUGUUUAUAUCGACGAGACCUUUGUAGGCUCAAGCGUGUGCAGUACAGAAGAUAAAGUUCUUUACCAUCACCCCACUAUGCCCUACAGUCAAAGUCAUGACUUAGAUCCUACCAAGAUAUCACUUCUAGGCAGUCUACUUCAAGGCACGACCAACGACCCAUUGUGGACUCUAGUCAACAAAGAUUGGCAUGACUUUGUCUACCAGUCAUCGGAUCCCUUCCGAUCAUCCGUUUCCUUGUCAAUAACAUCGGAUGGUCUAUCCUUUGAGUGGUUGGACCACUCAUACAAAUGGCUCUACGCCACCACCAAAGACGCCCAAGAUGUUUUGACAUGUUAUUCCGACCACGAAACCAUCGCAACCCUAAAAUACAUUGACGAUAUAACAGAACUCACACUCUGGCCACUAGAAAAAGAUACAUGCCCUCUCUCCCCUCUCUCUUCCCCCGGUCAUGUUCCGUCUAUGGACAUUACUGCUCUCGAUCCUAACCAUUCACCCGUCCCUUCUUUCCGCUCCCUACCAGCACAUCUACCCGAACCCCUCUCACGUCUCACCUCUCUCCUCGUCUUAACUGCCUUGGUAAUACUCGAACACAAUACUCUCCCGCCAAUGUGUCUAUGUUCUCCCGAUGACAUGGCUAGUAUAUCAUCCAGUCCGAACUCCUCUGCACUGACGUCGUUGUAUGGACCCAAUCGAGGUUUAGUUGUAAGAGCCGACACCCUUAAAAGUAUCGAAAUUCAUCCCGACAGACAUCGCGCCUGGAUAUCAUGGUUUCCAUGUUGUUUACCGGGUGGCUGGCUAGACUUCCUGUGGGUCAAGUGGUGCGGUCCUCGCAAGAAAGAACGCAAAGGAGGAUGGCGCCAACAGUCUUGAAUUUUGACUUUUUGGACCUGUAUAAAUUUUAUUCUUUUAUUAUAUUCCAUUUCUUACAUU